GCCAGGCCGCCAGCCAUGCCAGCCGCGCCCGCCCUGCGCCCGCCGCCGCCGCCCUCGACCCCCGCUCCGCCGGCACCCAGCCGCCCUGCGCCUUCCAUCCCGGGCCACCCAUGUGACCAUUCUCUAAGAUGCUUAAGCUCGAAGAUCCCUGAGAGAAAGCUGCCAGGCUCCUGGCUGCCUGCGGGACGAGGGCCUCUGGAAAAGCCAGCCCUGGGGCCACGGGCUGCCAUCAUGCCCAUGUUCAGCCCUCAGAGCGGCCUUCACGCGGUGCGUGCGGAGCACAGCCCGCUGAAGCCCAGGGUGGUGACGGUGGUGAAGCUUGGUGGGCAGCCGUUCCGCAAGGCCACCCUGCUCCUUAACAGGCGCUCGGUGCAGACCUUUGAGCAGCUCCUAGCGGACAUCUCUGAAGCCUUGGGCUUUCCGCGGUGCAAGAACGACCGUGUGCGGAAGCUGUUCACCCUCAAGGGCAGGGAGGUCAAGAGCGUGUCUGACUUCUUCAGGGAGGGCGAUGCUUUCAUAGCUAUGGGCAAGGAGCCGCUGACCCUGAAGAGCAUCCAGCUGGCGAUGGAAGAGCUGUAUCCCAAGAACCGGGCCCUCUCCCUGGCCCCGCACAGCAGAGUCCCCUCCCCAAGGCUGAGAAGCAGACUUCCCAGCAAGCUCCUGAAAGGCAGCCACCGCUGUGGGGAGGUGGGGAGCUGUAGCGAGGUAAUGGGGAGCAGGGCGGUCACCAGGCUUCAGGGCAAGACUUCUGCGGAGCUGGCCCUGGAAGACAAGCUGAGGGCCCAGAAGAAGUGGGCGAGGGGGCAGCAGGAGCCGGAACCCGCUGGCCUGCCAUCACCCAGGGAAGCGGCUCAGGAGGAAACUCAUGCAAGUGGAGAGAAGCAUCUGGGGGUGGAGAUUGAAAAGACCUCGGGGGAGAUCGUCAGGUGUGAGAAGUGUAAACGGGAAAGGGAGCUGCAGCUCGGCCUGCAGCAGGAGCUGUGCCCUCUGGGGAUCAGUGAGCUGGACCUGGGGAGGGGUCAGAAGUGGGAUUCCGAGAAGCUGGUGAGGACCAAGAGCUGCAGGAGGCCUUCUGAGGCAAAGUCUGCAGACGGAGAGGAAGGGUGGAAGGGUGACAGUCUUCGGGGCAGCCCCAGGAACCCCCCCCAGGAACUGAGGAGACCCAGCACCAACUCAGACAGGAAAGAGAGCCGAGGCUCAGAAGGGUCAGAAAGUCAUCCUCAGGGAGCAGCCAAGGCCCAGAAGGACAUCACGGAGGGUCCACCCGCUGCAGAGGAGGGGCCUGCGGUCGGGAGGAAAGACAGCAGGCACACGUGCAGGAGUAAGCAUGCGGCCUGGCUGCUCAGGGAGCGCCAGGCCGAGCCCCCACAGCUCCCCAGGACAAGAGGGGAAGAGAAGGAAGCAGAGCAUGAGAAGAAGCCAGGUGGGUCGGGAGGGAGGAGGAUGGUGCUAGAAAAGGAGCCCAAGACGAAGCCAGAAGAGAACAGGUCAGAACGGUCCAGCGGCCGGAAGCUUUGGCCCCUGGGCAUCAUCUCAGCUGAUGUGGAGAAGCACUAUGACAUAGGUCGGGUCAUUGGGGAUGGGAACUUCGCCGUGGUGAAGGAGUGCAAGCACCGCGAGACCAAGCAGGCCUAUGCCAUGAAGAUUAUUGACAAGUCCAAGCUGAAGGGUAAAGAGGACAUAGUUGACAGUGAGAUCUUAAUCAUCCGCAGCCUCUCUCACCCCAACAUAGUGAAGCUGCAUGAGGUCUAUGAAACGGAAGCAGAGAUCUACCUGAUCAUGGAGUACGUGCAGGGAGGGGACCUUUUUGAUGCCAUCAUAGAAAGUGUGAAGUUUCCGGAGCCAGAUGCCGCGGUCAUGAUCACAGACUUGUGCAAGGCCCUCGUCCAUAUGCACGACAAAAAGAUUGUCCAUCGGGACCUGAAGCCAGAAAACCUCCUGGUUCAGCGAAAUGAAGACAACUCUACCACCUUGAAGCUGGCUGAUUUUGGGCUGGCCAAGCAUGUGGUGAGGCCUAUAUUUACUGUGUGUGGAACGCCGACAUAUGUAGCUCCUGAAAUUCUCUCUGAGAAAGGUUAUGGCCUGGAGGUGGACAUGUGGGCUGCAGGUGUGAUUCUCUACAUCCUCUUGUGUGGCUUCCCGCCCUUCCGCAGUCCUGAGAGGGACCAAGACGAGCUCUUCAACAUCAUCCAACAGGGACAGUUCGAGUUCCUUGCUCCUUACUGGGACAACAUCUCUGAUGCUGCCAAAGAUCUGGUGAGACAUUUGCUGGUGGUGGACCCCAAGAAGCGGUACACGGCUCAUCAGGUCCUUCAGCACCCCUGGAUUUUGAGGGCUGGGCAUCCCAGCACAGUGAGCCCACAGAAGGAGGGGUCCCCCAGCAGCGAGGGUCGCUCCCAGAGCCAGCACAAGAAGGUUGCAGAGCAGGUGUCAUGAUCCUGUCUGGGACAUCUCUCCAGCCUGCUCUCCUGGAGGACAGAGAAGGGGCGGAAGUCUACAAGCAAGAUUGUGCAAGAUGCUUUUCCACGGAAUUGGAGGAAGAGAAGAGACACUUGGCACAAUUUAAAGAGUGUUUUAAAAAGCAAAGUCCUAAUGUUGAAUGCUGUAUGCUAUUUUUAGAUUUGUAUAUCUAAAAUCUUUAAUACUUUGUGGGUAAGAAUUGCCAUGAAUGAGGAAGUGAUAAUAAUGAUGAAUUUUGUUUCCUCCUUGUAGUCAAGUUCAUGGUGGGCUACAUGAAUGUGCUUCCCAUUGCUUGAGCUCCCCAACACAAAGAAUGAGGUGAAUCCUGGCUUCUCUAUCUCAGUAAAACACACUGCCGAGUAACAGAGAGAGAACUGCCCCAAUUUAUGGUGGGGAGAGCUGGGGAAGAUGGUCCCCAGCUGUGCUUUAACCUCCAACAGUUGUGCUAAAAUCUUGUUUUCACCUCAGAACAGCGAACAGACCAGUAAGUAUGGUCUAUGAAAUGAAAUUUCAUGAAACACUUUUUUUUUUUUUUUUUUUUUUGAUGAGUCUGCAAGCUGACUGAUUUAGAACUUUAUGAUUAUGGAGAAUCGGAACGUACAGGUUGAGAACCAAAUUAUCUUGGGUUAUCUUCCGUCACUUUAAUAGUUAUGACUCACCAAACUGUAUGUCUGACCCAACAGAGAAAGCUGUUGGAAUGUAUGAACUCAGCUGACUACUAGCUUCUACUAAUCCAAAGCUACGUUGUGAUAGCAUCCAGUCCUAUAGUGGAGACAUCUCUGCUUUGCCCUACGCUGCCUACCUGAUCACACUCCCGGUAUAUUUGGUCAAUUCAUUGAUUUGCUACUUUGCUCUAUCUGGUGAUAAUAAUAAUAAAACAAACAUGUAACCAUUUCCAGGAUUGGGACGUGUCUUUUAGGACAAAAUGAGUGUGUAUUGUUGCCAGGCCAGGCUCACCCACAGCUGGCUCAGAAUAAACAAUUUCUUAUUCUGU